UUUUUAAAUAUUUUUUCAGAGGUUAAAAAUUAAAUUUCAAAAGAAUAUCUGGGGUGCAGAAGAGUCCACAGUAGAGAUACAGACCCUGAUUGUCUCCAACAUGAAGCUUGCUCAUGCUGUUCUGUUACUUUUGUGCUUCUGCUUAAGUUCUUGUGAGUCCACUUCAACAUCAGACACAUCUCAAGAGGAUCUUGUGGAGAAAAAGUGCUUAACUGAAAAAUACACACGUCUCUCCUGCAAUAAAGUCUUCUGCCAACCAUGGCAGAAAUGCAUCGACGGGACCUGUAUUUGUAAACUUCCUUAUCAGUGCCCAAAGAAUGGUACCAGGGUGUGUUCAGUUAAUGGGAAAAGCUACCCAACUUACUGUCAGCAAAAGAGUUUUGAAUGUCUUCGUCCAGAGGCAAAGUUUUUAAAAACGGGAACAUGCACAGGUGAAGAACAAUUUAGUGUUUCCUUGGAGAAUGAAAAAGGACCUUCAGAAGGAAUUGUUGAAGUAAAACUUGUAGACCAAGAUAAAAAAAUGUUUGUGUGUGGAAAAAGCUGGAGCAUUACACAGGCCAACGUGGCCUGCCUUGACCUUGGAUUUCAACUCGGUGCUCUUGACACUCAAAGAAGAGAUCCUCAUAUAAAUUCCACUGAAUGUCUACAUGUGCAUUGUCGAGGAUUUGAGACCAGUUUGGCUGAAUGUACUUUUACUAAGGGACGAACUAGCAGUUCCGAGGGUUUGGCUGGUGUGGUGUGUUACACAGGGAGUGCAGUUUCUCCAACAAACGACUCCUUUCAGUGUGUGAAUGGGAAACACAUUCCUCAGAAGAAGGCCUGUGAUGGUGUCAAUGAUUGUGGAGACCAGAGUGAUGAGUUGUGCUGUAAAGAGUGCCGAGGUGAAAGUUUUUCCUGUAAAUCGGGUGUUUGUAUUCCAAAGCAGUAUAAGUGCAAUGGUGAGGUGGACUGCAUUACUGGAGAAGAUGAAAUUGGUUGUGAAGGAAACACCUUUAAAACAGGAUCAAAUUAUUUUUACGUUCCAAAUGUCCCAGGAACUGGACAUCCUGAAAUUAAAGGCGCUUUACAUAUGGCUCAAGAAGAAACAGAAAUGUUGACUGCUGAUAUGGAUGCAGAAAGAAAAUGGAUAAAAUCGUUUUUCCCUAAACUGUCCUGCGGAGUUAAAAACGGCACGCACAUUCGAAGGAAACGAGUCAUAGGAGGAAAGCCAGCAAAAGUGGGAGACUUCCCAUGGCAGGUGGCAAUUAAGGAAGGUGAGAAAAUCAACUGUGGAGGAAUUUAUAUCGGUGGCUGUUGGAUUCUGACUGCUGCACAUUGUGUCAGAAUCAGCAAAAUUCAUCGUUACCAAAUAUGGACAUCAUUUACAGAUUUGUUAAGACCUGACUCUCAGAUAGCUGUUCAGUUGGUAAAGCAAAUUAUUAUCCACGAUAAGUACAGUGGAGCCACCUACCAAAAUGACAUAGCUUUGAUUGAAAUGAAAAAACACCCAAGCCGAAAAGAAUGUGUGUUGCCUCAUUCCAUCCCUGCCUGUGUCCCCUGGUCUCCCUAUCUAUUUCAACCUAAUGAUAAAUGCAUCGUUUCUGGCUGGGGUCGAGAAAAAGAUAACCAAAAAGUCUAUUCACUUAAGUGGGGUGAAGUUCACCUAAUAGAAAACUGCUCUAAGUUCUACCCAGAUCGCUACUUUGAAAAAGAAAUGGAGUGUGCAGGUACAGAUGAUGGUUCGAUUGAUGCCUGUAAAGGGGACUCUGGAGGCCCCUUAGUCUGUAAGGACGCCAACAACGUGACUUAUGUUUGGGGUGUUGUGAGUUGGGGUGAAAACUGCGGAAAUUCAGAGUUCCCAGGUGUUUACACAAAGGUGGCCAAUUAUUUUGACUGGAUUAGUCUUCAUGUAGGAAGGUCUCUUAUUUCUCAGCACAAUGUAUAAAAAACUGUGUUCUCUCUCUUCUUUCUACUCUUUUUCUCUCAGGAGUUACAUUUUAAUUGAAAUGAUACUGCAUAAUUAGAACUUCUUCAAGGAAAAAAAAU